AUGCGUACCUCGCGCGCUUCCAAGGAGACCGCCAAGGUCUUGCAGGCGCUGUCGCCUCCAGCGCGUCGCUCAACGCGCAGUGCUGCGCUCAAUACCAACGCGCUGCGGAGUUUCGCAUUCAAUGGCGAUGGCACGGUCAAGACGGAGCCCAUUUCAACGAUUGCACGAUUGCCACCCGGAAGCGACGAUGAGUCCUCCCUCUCUUCAGCCGAUACUGCCGAUAUUGAAGAUCUCGUCGAGCCCCCUACGAAACGCCAAAAACGCAACGCGAGCCCGCCGCCAGCCCGAACUCGCACAACCCGGAAACCACGCGACCCGCCCGUGAAAAAAGAGACUGCCGUUAAGCAAGGGCCUGUGGUGAAAAACGAGCCUCUCGUAAAGGAGGAAGAGGGCGCUAAGAGCACGCCAAAGAAGGCUCGCCGUAUGCCAGCACGGAAAACCCGAGACGCCGAUGGGACGGUUGUGGUAGAGCCGCCCUCGAAUUGGGAGACAAUGUACAACACAGUCAAGAAAAUGCGCGAGGACAACCCGACGGCGCCCGUGGAUACCAUGGGCUGCGCGGAGCUGUAUUGGCGGGCGUCAUCGCCCAAAGACCGUCGUUUCCAAACUCUGGUUGCGUUGAUGCUUUCUUCACAAACCAAGGAUACCGUCACGGCCGUUGCGAUGCAACGACUCCACACAGAGCUUGGGGAGCAGACAACUGAGACUGAGGGUGAGGUCAAGCUGGAAGACGAAGUCAAGUUCGAACUUGAAGAUGACGAGGCAAAACCUCAGCCUGCAAAGGACAGCACACUAAAUCUGGAAAACAUUCUCGCCGUCUCACCCACUCGACUCAACGAAUUGAUUGAAAAAGUCGGCUUCCACAACAACAAGACUAAGUACAUCAAAUCGGCGGCGCAAAUUCUUCGCGAUCAGCAUGACGGCGACAUCCCAUCCACCCCAGAGGGACUCAUGGCGCUACCCGGCGUGGGUCCUAAAAUGGCCUACCUCUGCAUGAGUGCCGCAUGGGGCAAACACGAGGGAAUCGGGGUCGACGUCCAUGUCCACCGGAUCACAAAUCUGUGGGGCUGGAAUAAAACCAAGACGCCAGAGGAAACUCGCAUGGCGCUUCAGUCGUGGCUGCCGCGUGAUAAGUGGCAUGAAAUUAACAAAUUGCUUGUUGGUCUAGGGCAGACGGUCUGCUUGCCGGUCAAGAGGAGAUGCGGCGAGUGCUAUCUGGCUGGGACGAAGCUCUGCAAGAGCGAGAUCAAAGGUCUCUCCCCUGUGAAGAAUGACGUGAAGAGCUCUGAUGAGGAGCCGAAGAUUAAGAUUGAGUCUGUAUGA